AACUCGAAUAUGCCUUGUCCUGCCCCACAGCUACAGCCAUCAAUCCAGCUUUAACCCGACCGCCGCCCUUAUACUGAACCAAAGUCUGCUGCUUUGAGGACCUUCUUCUAUCCGAAAACCAUUAACCAAUAUAAUCAGUCAAGCUGGCGUCGUUAAAGCAAAGGAAUAACAACAAUACUACAAGCAAUUAUAAUAACAAUAUAAUGUGGAGUAGUACAAUAUCGCCAACAAACUCUAAGAAACUAUUGAUCGGUAGCACACGAAGCGUUGAUUAUGUCGGUGAUAGUGCAAGGACAGCAACAGCAGCCACUAAUAAAACAGGAGCAGCAGCAGCCCCAGUCCCAGCCACAGCCACAGCCCCAGCCUCAGGAGCAGCAGGAGCAGGAACCAAAGGAACCAAAGCAAAAGCCAGUCCCAGUGCCAUUGCAGCCAACAAAGCCACAAAGAUCUCAAUUGAAAUGGAGCUUCAUAUACAAAAUAAGUGCAUUUCGGCAUAGCGCAUCACUCUGGAGGGUGGUGCGGAGCCGCCAUGGCUGCAGGGCCCCCUUAAAGCCGCAUUUUUGGGGGCUACUGGCGUCGGCAAAACAAGCAUAUUACAGCAAUUUUUCUACCAUGACUUUCCCAAGACUCAUCAGACGACAACACGUCGGAAGAUUUAUAAAAACUGUUUGGUCUGCGACACCUGCAUACGUGAGCUGAUGGUACUGGACGUUCCACCCCAGAAGCGAUUUCCGGCUGAUAACUUCGCCGAAUGGAACAACGGACAUCCGCUGGGGCUGCGAACGGUGCACGCAUAUGUGCUAGUCUAUGACAUGGGCAAUUUGGAAACAUUUCAGUACUGCCGCUCGAUGAGAGAUCAAAUCUUGGACAGUUUCAGUCAUCGUGAUUUUAGCAUAAUUGUGGUUGGCAAUAAAUAUGACAAUGUGACUGAGGCGCAGGCCAACUCGCAGGAGCUCAAGGAUAUUUCCACGCUGGUGCGCAAACAUUGGCGUUGCGGCUAUGUCGAGUGCUCGGCGCAAUACAACUACAAAAUCGGCGACGUAUUCCGUGAGCUAAUGGGCUGCACGAGCAGUGGGAGCAACAUGAGUGGUGGCGUUGGCGGUGGCGGUGUCGCUGGAGGAGGCGGUGGCUUUGGCACUGAGUUCUCACAAUCAACUAGGAAUAAAGGACGCUGUACAAUACUUUAGCAAAUGUUGCAUAAGUUUUUUAAGCAAACAUUUUGAUCUAGCGCGUAAAUACGAGUGUCCCGGGUGGAUACUUUCGCAUCUGUUUGUUGCCGACGACAUGGGGGCGAGAUGUGGUGGCAAGCUGGCGUAUACGCCAUCUCCUUGAGGCCAACAGCAGCAACAACGGAAGCAGCAGCAACAUCAACAGAAGAAACAACAUUGUUGCCCCUUGGCAAUGGCUGCAGAUGCAUAUUUUAGCAUACAUUUUAGUGGCCACACUUUGCAGUUGUCCCCGUGUGUCGACUCCCCUGCCCACCCCUCUUCUUUUGCCCUCGCUUUUGUCUGCCAUUAUUACAACAUUUCGCUGGCUGCUUUUAUGGGUCGCAUUGCUUUUUUGUUUGCAAGAGCUCCGCUCAUUUAAAUGCCAAUGCGAAUGGGAAUGGGAAUGAGAAUGGCAAUGGCAUGGCAAUGUCAGUCGAACCUCGGAUACCCCAGAUACAUUUGGCCAGGAGCAAGAGCCACGCCAGAACGCCAACGAGCAUCAUCCUCCUGUUGACAACUUUUGUGCAUUCGCAUUUGCAUUUGCAAUUCAAUGCCCGUAAGCCUGGCAGGAAGAGCAGCGCAGCAGACAUGAAUAUGCAACACAACAAUAAGAGUAUCCCCGAAGAUGCACAACAAUUGAAAAGGUUUUAAUAUCAUUUAAUUAUUAUUGCUGUCGCUAUAGUUAUUAUUUUGUUCGUCGUGGAAUCGUAAAUAGGCAAUUAAUCCCACCAUAAUUUACAAUACAUUUUAUGUAACGAACGAAUAACCUUGUUAUGGAAACCAAACCAGAAUCGUAUAAGUAAUAUCUAUAUUUAGGCUAUACAUAAACACAUACAUACAUACAUAUGUAUAUGUACGAUAAACAUACAUACUUUAACGUUGUGAUCAUUUCAAGAAUUAGUUCUUAAGCAAAACCACAAACAAAGCGUCAGCGAAUGUCAAGUCUCAACAACAACAA